UACACGGUCAGAAAAUUCACUCAUUUUGGAGCUAAAGUGGGACAACUCAAAAUUGAGUAAAUUUUUCUUCCAGCGAUAGCGCUGGCCCAAGUGCGAAAAUCUCAUCAGUUUAAGUCGUAUAAUAUUCUUGCGGAUGUGAAGAAUAUUAUACGGCCUAAAUUGGUUGGAUUUUUACACUUGGGCCAGCGCUAUCGCUGGAAAUGCAAUUUACUCAUUUUUUGAGCUGUUCCAGUUUAGCUCAGUUUUGUGUGAAUCUUACUCAUUUUAGAGUAACAUUUUCUUAGCGUGUACUGUAUAGUUAUUAUUUUGAUAAUUCAUGAAAUAGUUUUUGUUGUGGUAUGGGUUUGUUUUUUUUAAUGCACGUACCCAUCACGUCGAUUUCGUUGGUUCGAAAAAAAUAAAGUAUUUACCUAUGGCAUAGGUAUAAUUUUUGAAUGGCCGCUCCAUCCCAGGAUGUGUGCACGGUCGGCUAUGCUAUGGUAUGUUAUAGGUAUAAUUUCUGGAUGGCCACUCACUCUACCUUCAUUAUAUAAAUAAUCGUACAUCGCAUCCUCGUCGUUGAGUGAGGCCUUUGCUAGUCAGUAGAGCAGUUGAUAUCUCCAGAUUGUGUUACACGGAAAGCCAGAGCAGUUAAUCAAACCAACAAAGAGCAGAAACCGCUGGCACGUCAUCUCCAAUCGCUUAUUGGCCAAUUUAUUGUGUGAAAAGCUACAACAGUGUUCAUAAGAUACACCGAAUUUCGCAGGUUGAAUUAGUAGCAGCAGAAUGUCCGAGAGCAUCAAAAACGAAGAGGAUAUGAAAAUGGAACCUUCCAGCUCAUCCAGAUGUUCGAGCCCGGCCAGUACCCCUACUCCAACCCGUUCGGCUCACAAUUCAGAGGACGAGGAAGAUUAUGGAGAUAACAGGAACGUUGGUAGGGAACGUCGUCGCUCAGCUCACUCGCAGGCUGAGCAGAAGCGGCGUGAUGCCAUCAAGAGAGGAUACGACUCGCUGCAGGAAUUGGUUCCGACUUGUCAGCAAACCGAUGAAUCCGGAUGCAAACUGAGCAAGGCGUCCGUACUGCAAAAAUCAAUCGACUAUAUCGGAUACCUACACGAACACAAGCAGCAGCAGGAAGAAGCCGCGUCCUCACUCCGCAGGGAGAUUUCGGCCAUCCGCAUAAUUCAUAAUAACUAUGAAACGAUGCAACAACAGCAGCAAGAAGAACCCGACAAGACUGGAGAGCCCGUCAGUGAUGAAGUAAAGUUCCGGGUGUUUCGGAACAUUAUGGAUGAGAUGUUCGAGUCAUUUGACCGGCUGCCAGUGAACUCUUUUGCUGAGCUUACGUCCAGCGCGAUCCCAUGGAUGGAGGAGCAGUUCCAGCCGCACCUGAUGCGGGACGUGGUCAAUCGCGCCCUCGCUGGAGUCCGUACCUCCGAGGAGGGUGCGAUUGUGGCACAGAGCAGCCGCCAGCAGGAUCAAGGGCAGAGCAGCAAGCGAGAGUGAUCAUGUUCAUGUAUAACGAAGUAUACCUGUGUGUGUGACAAAAUAACGUAUAGAAAAGUUUUGGAUAUUUCAAUAAAAGCACAGAAACAGAAAAAAAACCUUGUUUUAAAACCACAGCACUCAAAUUGGUUCACAAUUUGUAGUAACCAUCUCGAGUGUGAAACGCCUUCUGGUUUUCCGCUUUUCUCGCUGCGUUUGUUGCCAAAGAGUCUGUUUCACACUUUGCAGUUCUUGCUGUUCCUCCAA